AUGCUCUCUCUCUCUCUCUCUCUCUCUCUCUCUCUCUCUCUCUCUCUGAUAAUGAAUACCCUGAUAAAUAUUGCAAAGGAGGCACAUUUUUCUUUCUUUCUUUCUUUUUGUCUGUCUUUCAGCUCUCUUUUACAUUUUUUCAUUCAAUUCAGUUCUAUCUUUUCUUUUUUCUUCUCUUUCUUACCCUUUUCUUCUGCCCCUUCAUCUCACCUUUUUACAUUUAAUUCAUACAUAUUUCCUUCAUCUUUCACACUAACAGACCACUUUAUUUCUUUUUGCUUUCUACCAUCUUUUUAUUUUUACAUCCUUAAAUUCUUGCUUUCUUUUUCUUUCUUCUUCUACAUUCCUAUCAUUUUUGUCUGUUUUAAUUUUUCUUUAAAACCCUUCCUUCUUUAUUUUUCCUUCCCUUCACUUAAUUUUCUCAUCCUUCAUUUUCGUUUAUACUUGCCCUCAUUCAGCCGUCAGCAUAUUACAAAUAAUUCAUUGAAAGACACCAGGCUUGGUUUUCUUUCCAUUUUUUCCCGUUUUUCUCCUUCAUUUCAUUCAUUCUCUCUUUAUUAUUAUAUUUCUUUACUCAUUCACAUUUUACUUUUUUUACAAUUGAUUCUUUAUGUUUUAUAUAUUUCUUGUCUUUUUUUUUUAAUUUUAUUCUUAAUUUUGUACUUUCUUUAUUUUCUUUCUUAUUUUUCUUUUCUUCCAUAUUUCUUUUUUAUUUUCUGUAUUUUUUUCUUCAUUCUUUCCUAUCCCAUUUCCUUUACUGAUAUUUCUGCCUCUUUUCUUCUCAUGUAUACUCCAUUACACUUUUCUUACUUCUGA